CCGGCGUGCUUGGCAGAGCUAUUUGGCUGCGUGAACGUAUUUGCUGCGGGCUGCAAGCGCGUCCGAGAUGCGCAUGCGCAGGAGUCCAGAGCAAAGAAAACGGGGGUGAUUCGGUGGCUCCUCUCCGUGCAGAGCAGACACGAUGAGGGCAGUCCUCCUGCUUGGCUGCUCGGCCGCAGCGCUAGCCCCGCAGACGGCGCCGCCGCGGCGCGGCGUCGCCGCGGCAGCCAAAAAGAAGGCCAGGGCCGCGGGCGGCUUCGGCGCCAAGCCGAAGCCCCCGAAGCGGCCCGCGCUCGGCAAAGCCGCGGCGAAGCUCCUGGACGAGCUCGGCGGCGACGUCGACGCCGCGCAGGCCGCGCGCUUCGACUCGUACAUGGAGAAGCUGCGGGCGAGCGACCCGGAGCUCUUCGCCGACGUGGCCCGCGCGCGGCGGUGCGACCCCGCCGCGCCGGCGCGCGGCCGCGACCGGCUCCUCGCGAUGACCUGGGACACGGUGGCGGACUACCUGCCGGUCGAAACGGCCGACGCGGCCCUGGACGCGCGGCUCGCGCGCGUCGCGGCCUUCGCGCGCGGCCGCUGCCUCGACGUCGGCUGCGGCGACGGGGCCAUGGUGCCGCACCUGAAGGCGCGCGCCGCGUACUGCGGCGUCGACCUCUCGGCGCGCAUGGUCUCCCUCGCCCGCCGGCGGCACCCCGACGCCCGCUUCGAGCGCGCGGGCUUCUUCGAGUUCGUCGCGGGGGGGGAGGAGGCGGCCUGGGACACGAUCCUCUUCGUCGCGGCGCUGCAGUUCUUCCCGGACGUCGACGCGGUGCUGGCGGCGUGCGCGGCCCGCCUCGCGCCGGGCGGCCGCGUCGUCGUCGCGCACGGGCGCGGCGCCGCGUUCGUGCGCGAGGAGCGGCGCGGGAACCCGGCCGUCGUGGAGGCCCUGCCGGCGGUCGAGGACCUCCUCGCGGCCGGGGGCUUCGGGCUGGUCCACGCGGAGGAGGACCUCGACGACUUCUACCUCGUGGUGCUGGAGAGGGCGUAAGAGACUUGCCUCACGCGGACUCGGGUCGACCAGCGUCGCGGCGAGGCGAAUCUCAGACGAUGCGGGGCGGAACACGGGGCCCGGGAUCUACCGCCGUACCCGGUAUUAGGUGCUGCCAGCGCACCACUGGCAGCACGGGGGUGUCUCCUAAUUUGAGAUUCGAGUU